CGUCACUAUGGAGUGACGUAACUGGAUACAGGAAACCAGAAGUGAGCGAAACAAAGCAACUUGUUGACUAACAGUUCUAUGAAGUACGGUAUAUGUUUGAGACGUACUUUCCAAUAUGGGGACUGCAACAAGUAAACUUCGAAAGGAUUUACUCUCGGAAUAUCAAGAACUGACCUUCUUGACUAAGCAAGAAAUUCUACUCGCUCACAAGAGAUUUACUGAACUGCUCACCAAAGAUGAGAAAGACAUUCCAAAUGCGAGAAUUCCAAUGGAGAGGAUUCUAACUCUGCCAGAACUCAAGUCCAACCCUUUCAGAGAAAGAAUCUGCCAUGUAUUUUCAUCGUCUACACCUAAAGAUGGAAGCCUCACAUUUGAAGACUUUUUGGAUCUUUUAAGUGCAUUCAGUGACUCUGCUACCCUGGAAAUUAAGUCCCACUAUGCAUUUCGUAUAUUUGACUUUGACGAUGAUGGAACCCUUGAUUCCAAUGACCUGGAGCUGUUGGUUAACUGUCUGACUGGAGAAACUGAUGACACUAGACUAACUCCAGAGGAAAUGCAGCAACUCAUCAAAAAUAUUCUCGAAGAGUCAGACAUUGACAAGGAUGGAACGGUCAACCUAUCAGAGUUUCAGCACGUAAUUUCACGGUCACCGGAUUUCAUCAGUUCUUUUAAGAUUGUACUUUGAGGACCUCAAAGAGACUGAAGAAAUUGCUGACUAUUCUUAUUGUGUGAAUUUUUAAUCUGAACAAUUUUUAAAUAUAUCCAAUGUGUAUUGUAUUUUAUCAACAUAACUGUUUUUAUUAUGCUUUUUUGAAAUUCAAAAUGCUUUUUAAUAUGUUAAAAAAAUUAAAGACAUACACAACAAUGCUGCUUUUACAUUUGUUUUAAUGUAUUAUGUCGUAAUAGUUUAACUUUUUGCAUUGUCCAAAGAUAAGAGAUUAUUGUGUAAGGAAGGAAUUCCAUUAUUUUAAGAGCAAGAUAAUUCCUCUUUAAUGGCAGCAGCAAAUGUGUUCCAUGUUCCACACACCACUUCAACAACACGCAGCUGUUGCUCCUUGAAGAAUUCCACUCGCUGGGGCUCAUCUGAACUCAUCAAUGUCUGGUGUCCAAGUUGGCCAUAUUCCCCUGAUUUUGUUAUAAGUGGCACAAAAGAAAAAAAGAAAUAAUUAAGUCUUCUUCACUCUGUCUAAUUUUUUGCAAUAAAAAUUCAAGAUUUAAUUUUA